AUAAUAGUUAUUGUAUAAUUUUGAAUAUAAUCGAGAUUUUAAUAGCAAAGCUGCAUCUAAGGUCCUUUAUUCUUUGAAUACGAAGUACAAUUUUGACUUUCAUACAAAUAAUACAAUCAUGAUAUGAAUACUACGUAUUAAACUUGAACUAAGAAAAAGUCAAGCUGUUUCUCCCAAAAAAAAAAAAAAAAAGGUCAAGCUAUCCAUUUUUCCCUAUAUAAAGGGUACCUAUUGCCGCUAAGAAAAUACAAGAAACCAAAUACACAUUAUUAAAGUUAAGCUUUUAUAUCCUUCUAUCAAGUAUCCCACACCAUCUAUCUUUAGCUUUCAAAAUGAGAAACCUUUCACUUAUCUUCCUUUUCUGCCUACUAUCAUCUCUUUCACAUGCCAUAGAACUCGACUUUUGUGUCGGGGAUCCUAGUCUUCCUAGAGGACCUGAAGGAUAUGCUUGCAAAGAUCCUGCUAAAGUCACAACUGAUGAUUUUGUUUACACGGGUUUCCGUGGAGAAAAAACUCCCAAUAAUGUUUUCGGGAAUAAUGUGACAUUGGCAUUUUCAGAUGUGUUUCCAGCAUUUAAUGGUUUAGGCAUAUCUAUGGCCAGGUUAGACUUUGCCAUUGGAGGAGUAAUCCCAGUACACUCCCAUCGUACAUCAGAAGUUCUUCUUUUGGUGAAAGGUACGAUCAUUGCAGGAUUUAUUGACACAAACAACACUGCUUAUUAUAAAAGAUUAGAGGUUGGUGAUGUCAUGGUAUUUCCACAAGCCAUGCUUCACUUCCAAAUCAACGUAGGUAAAACUCCAGCUACCGCAUUUGUUAGUUUGAAUGGAGCAAACCCAGCACUACAACUUACUCCUACCUCCUUAUUCGCUGGAAAUUUACCAGCUGAUAUAGCCCAGCAAAUCACACUCUUGAGUCAUGAAGAAGUAAGGCGAAUGAAAAGAAUUUUCGGCACAGCGUAGCAAAAUUUCUUUCUCAAAUUAUUUCAAAUUUUACUACUUCGUAUAAUAAAUUCUAAAAGAUUGUAAUAAGCACGUGUAUAACUAAGCAUGUUUUUUCAAAUUAUCAAUUGUGAAUUUCCUGAAUUGAUUCGUUCUUUCUUGUUAUAUUGUACUCCGUAUUAUAAUAUACUUCGACACUUCGUAUGUAGUUAUGUACCAUGAGAAAUAGAAGUUAUAUUGUACUCGGUAUUUAAAAUCUUGUGAUCAAUAAAAUUUCCUCCCAUUACUUUUUGCUCUCUCUGGCUUUGUUCAUCUCUCAUCUUAUACGUAGAGUAAUUAAAGCAAAAAAUAAACUUAAGUAACUUUUAAUUUUUUUUUUAAUUCUUAGCAAUAUUAAUUUUUAUUAUUUUUUUUAUUUUUUAUGCAACCUAAGCAAUACUUCGUAUUAAUUAACUUAAUGCAAGAAUAAGCUCUUUUAAGCAAUAUAAAGUUCAUGUACAAAGCUGCUGUCAAAAAAAAAAAAAAAAAAAAAAAAAAAAAAAAAAAAAACAAACAAAAGUUCAUGUACAACCAUGCACCACCACCCCCAAGGCAUUAUUCAGGCGUUAGACCUUUACAUGGCAUUCCUGCUGUAAACCUUUAUACAAAAUAGACGGUACCUCACAUCUCUGGCUCUCUGCAAUUACGCGGGGAAUGGGAGAUCAAAAGGAUUUAACAAAAAUAUAGUUAAGGAAAUAAAUAAUUUAAAGUGUGUAUUGACAAACAUGAAAUAUUCUAAGUUAAGCAUAGUUUAAGAGAGAUCAAU